GGGGAGAGACGUCGCUCAGGUAUAAAUUGCGUCGCGUCGCGCCCUUGUAAACACCGCACGCGUCGCGACUCGAGCACAACGCCGCCUGCUGCUGCUCCUGCUGCUGCUGCUGCUCCUGCUGCGUCUCCCCAGAGCUGGGAUUAAUCUCGGAAGCCUUCAAAGAAUCUGCACCCAUCGCAGGGUUGGAACAAAGUUCUGCAACGUUGCUUGCCGAGGCUUCUUUUUUUUUAUAGUUCUGUUAUUUUCCCGAUUUUGUGACAAUUUUAAGGAACAACAUCCAAAGCGAUUUGGGCUGUCGGGGGAGCAGCACCGCUUGAAUACAAAAACUAAAAACUUUUUAGCAGCAGACUCCCUGCGAAAUCCGCAGCUCUCCUCUGCUUCCUCCUCCGCCGCGUCGUUCAACCUCGCCACCCUGCUCCUCAACCAUGGAGCACCUGGAGGAGGACCUCACGUGCCCCGUGUGCUUCUCGCUGUUCGAGGAGCCGCGCGUCUUGCCCUGCUCGCACACCUUCUGCCGCCGCUGCCUGGAGAGCGUCCUGCAGGCCACGGUGGAGCAGUUCCCGCUGUGGCGCGCCCUCCGCGUGCCCCUCAAGUGCCCGAGCUGCCGCCACAUGUUCGACAUGCCCUCGGCGGGCCUCUCCUACCUGCCGCUCAACUACUCGCUGGUGGCCAUCGUGGAAAAGUACCGGCGCCAGCAGAAGCUGCAGCGCGAGCGCGAGCUGGCCGAGUCGACGCGCCCGCCCGCGUGCGCCGAGCACAGCGAGCAGCCGCUCAACGUCUACUGCCUCACGGACCGCACGCUCGUGUGCGGCUUCUGCCUCACGCUGGGCGAGCACCGCAGCCACGACAUCGAGUCGCUCGCAUCCGCCUGCGCCCGCGAGGGACGCGCGCUCGAGGAGAGCACGCGCGCGCUGCUCUCCGACGACGAUGAUGUCGCCGAAGGCGACGACGGGGGCGCCGGCGCCGGCGGCCGUAGUAGCAGUGGCGGUGACGACGACGACGACAACGUGAGGGAGGUAGCCGUGGGCCAGCAGGAGGAGGAGGAGGGAGUUGGGGAUUCGGCUACCGUUUUGAAUCCAGCUCCGGAAGAUGUUGGCGAUGCUCAUCGUGGUAACGAUGGUGACGAUGCUGCCGAGGAUGACCAGCACCAGGAGGAGGUUGAGGAAGAGGCUCGGGAUGUUGAGCGGCAAGGGGAGGGUCGCAGGAGGAGGAGGACGACAAGCGGCGGGACGAGCGAGGAGGAGAUGGGGAGUGGAACGGAAGAUCAGGGAGGGGAGACUGGACGGGGAGGACGGGCUGCUGGGGACGAGGCGGUCGCUCGAGGGGCCAAGGAAGCAGUGGACGAGCAAAAGGAGGAGCGGAAUCGGAGCCCGCAACGUCGAGCGAAGCAACGUUACCCGGGGCCCUGGGCCACGGCGCGAACCCAGCUGCUGGAGCUGGAGGCGCGGCGCACCGGGUACGAGGUGCUGGUGAACCAGGAGGCAGCGCAGGUCGAGGCCUACUUCGCGGCGCUGCGCGACGAUCUCGGCAAGCAGCAGAUGGCCGUGAUGGAGUACAUGGAGGCGGCCAGCCGGCGUGCCUCGCUGGGCUACGAGCGGGCCAUCGGCGUGCUGCGCGGCGUGCUGGACGAGCACGCCGCCGUGCUGGCGCUGGCCGGGGAGGCCCAGGACGCGAUGCUGCUGGGCGAGCCCGUGGCCUUCCUGCAGAAGAUGCACGUGUUCCGCGAGCGCUACGAGCUGCUGUGCGCCGCCGCGUGCGCCGCCCGGCCCGAGCCGCCGAGCUUUGGUCCCCGCUGCCAGGACUACCUGGUGCGCGGUUGGGCCGAUGUGCCGCUCGGACGGCUCAGAGACGCGCCGCUGCCCCGACUUCCGUACGACGACGAAGGCGAAGGCGACGGCGGCGGAGAGGAUGAUGGCGGCGGCGGCGGCGUUCGGCGUGGCGGAGGCCUGGGCGGAGGGGAUUUGGGGUCAACGGAUGAAGACGGAGCCGUCUACGGCCACAACCACCACCUGUCCGUCAUCCUGGAGGAGGAGAUGGAAGAGGACGACGACGUCGAUGGGACUGAACAGAAGGCUGACGAACUCGACAUUGACCGCGGCUGGGGUGUCGGAGCCGGCGGACGAGCGUUGGCAUCGCGAGCGUCGACGGCCGCCGACGUCUUUGCGCUUCUCGACGGCGACGCGGAUGACGGCGUGACGGAGGAGGAGCUGGCGACCGCGUGGCUCCCGUUCGAGGUGGAGCAAGGCCUCGUCCUCCUCUCGGCGCUGGCGAGCCUUCGCUGGGCUGACGCGGCGGCGCUGGCGGCGCGCGCCGCCAGGAUCUCCGAGACGUCGGCGCGGAAGGUCCUCGGCCGAGGCGGCCGGGCCUUGCUCCACGCGCUGGGCCCCGCGUCUUCCCGGCCCGCGCUCCUCCACGCCGCUCUAUGGCUCUCCGUCGCCCUCUUCCUCGCCUUCUGCUGCUGCUGCUUCUUCGCCUCCCUCCUAGGCCGCAGCGACAACGGCGCGGCGGCGGCGGGGAAGCUCGGGGCGCCGGGCGCCGUGGGGCUGGCGCUGCUCCCGUUGCUGCCCUGCGUCGCCGUGGUGGGCGCCAACGCCCUCAUGCGGCGGCGGCAGGGCCUGGGGUGUGGCUGGGGGCGCAAAUGGGCCGUGGGGUCCGUGGGGGUUCUGAGGGCCGUGGUGGCGCGUGUGCGUGCCGCCCUCUAGAGGAAGACGGCACGAGGAGGAGGAGGAGGGGAUGACCAUAUCCCCGCUCCUGGACAACUCGGUAGCCACCAGAUGCGGCGAGCUACCUGCUGCUAAUGUAGUGGUUGGUGGUUAAUUUAAUUAGUUCAUGAACCCAAUCUAUUCUCGCAAAUCGCGAGGCGUUAAAUUGGACCGUGCGUGACGCAAGAUUAGUAUUUUCGCUUCAUAUUUUUUUAUUAGCCGUGAGGUGUUGGGGCUUCCAUGGCCCGGCGAGGUUGCUAGGUGGCCAUAAAGAUGUGACCAUGUACAGCCAAGUAGGUGGCUACUGUGUCCUUUUGCUUUGCUUGUGAGUUUUCUUUGGGUUUCUCCCGCCCUCAAAAAGCCUCCGCGGGGGUGAAAGUUGGUCAAACAUCCCAAUGCAGCAGGCAGGACCUUCCUGACAAAAAGGUCUUGCUUGAGACUCAGAGGCAUUUCUGCAUUAAGGCCAUUGUUAUGACUUCCACAUUUAUAGCAUUUAAAUGAGCAUUUUGGAUUAGACGGCAAACGCUAAUGCGAGACCUAUUACGAUUUUCUUCGAUAAAAUAACGUCUUUGUGUUGGUCCCGAACUAGAUAAUAAUAAUACUGUGGCGAAAAUUACAAAAGUACUGCAAUUGUAAUACUUCCCAAGCAAAAAAUAUGUUAUCUGUGGUAGUCGUGGAGCACUAAGACUUCUUCAUCAACUUGAAUAAAAAUGAGGUGUUCAUUUAAUAUUUCAUGACGCGUCGUUCGUGCUCGGAAGAUCGAUCGAUUGAUCGAAAUCGACAAUUCGGCGAAUCUGCCCCGGAGCUGCCUAUCCGCCCUACCAUUUCUAAUGACCCCGGCCGCGUGAUGCGACCCGCGCCUUCCAAAACCAUACAACUGAUAGGGGUGCGCCAGGCGCGGAAAUUUAGGGGUUCCUCUGCUUCUGUGUCACGAUCAUCUCUGUUCACGCGUCCCGAGAACAACUUCGUGAGCUCGCCGUGCGUACGGGUGAACGACACCCGCACGCGAUUCGAGGAAGGGCGUGAAGAUGCAACGUUUGGUGGGGGGGGGGGGGGCCCGAAGCUUGCCAUAACGUGAGGGGCCGUGGAGAAUUACAGCCAACGUCAGUUGACCGUGGACAACUAGACCCAAGCCGAAACAUAACAUCUAAUAUAUAAUGUUUAAAAAUAUGUUUUUUCUUUUUAUGAUAGAAUAUAGUAUUGUCAUCAGUAUGACAUAAGUAUACCAAGUUUGCAGUCGAUACCACAUUGGGAAGUGGGUAAAAAUUGAGUUACAAGAUUUGAGGAUACAAAUAAAAAAAUCGCAGUAUAUUCCUGGGGCUAUACUCUCCCACUUUCGCCAACCCGCACUCGAGCGGGAUUGUGCGGCGUGGCAAAAUAAUCGCCCGCAAUCCCAUCAUCCAGCAGUGGAUUGACCACCACGAGUCAUGGCGAACGUGGGAGGAGAGAUAUUGAGGAAUGGGGGGUUCGACCGGUGAGUGGCCCAGAUAAAAAAUUCACGAGCCCCUCUGCGCCCCCUAGUGGCGGGAUUUGAACUCCACUUGUGCCGCGUUACCCAAUAGAUUGACGCGCAGGGCCGAUGAUUUGCUCGACUAGAUUUGAAGUUUUCAUGACUGCAGGGAUCCUUACUGUUUUGGUUCUGUCGGUAAAAUCACGUGGGUAUUAAAUAAAAUAAAUCACGACGUUUCGGGCGCAACACAAGCGUCCGUCAUCAGGUGAGACAACCACAGCAAGAAACAAUUGCUCAAGUGGCAAUAGAUAGAUGGCUUCAUCUCCAGGUUGUGAUGCAGAGAUUUUCUGGAACUCUGUCCCAGAUAGUUCUCGCUCAUCAUACUUUUGUUUUAUCCCCCCCCCCCCCUUGGUCAUUACGAAAGUCAACUCGAUUCGUAACUCUAUUCCUAACCCGAGAACGAACACGUCACUUGGUCGCGACCGCCCUACGAUAUGAACGCUGAACGUAGACCGGCAGGGAGUCUGAAAUGUAUCCCAGGCACGGAUGGGUCCACAGCAACCGGCUACACUUGGGGCGGGGAGCGGUGGCGCAGUGAUUAGCGCACUGCGCUAUGAACCCGGGCCACGUGUGUUCAAUCCCCGACCACGGUUCGAAUCAGUGGCGAGUGAGAUCUGAAGCGUUCCUGAGCACCCCUUCUCCACUAGCCCGCACUGGCCAGCGUGAAAUAUGGAUGAGUAACCCCCAACGACCAAAACUAUUUUUGUUUAGUUCAUGUCCACUGUGGUUACACGGUUAAAGAUUUCCCACUUUAAUGCUUUCGUGUAGUCUUUGUAGCGAUUAUGGAGGUCGCGUCUAUUUGAGUGUAAUUUUGUGUAUGGCUUAAAUAUGUGAUAAGUUAAGCUUUUAAGUUGCUAUGAUUCCCUUCCUAAAGGUAGUGUUAACUCGUUGACCAAUGUUUUUUUAAUGAUUUGAAAGCUGGACUUCAACGAAGCUACUCCAAUAUAAGUGUUUUGCCACUGCAUAUUAAUGAUAGUGGGUGGAGCGGUGGCGCGGUUAGUUGGCCCACUGCACGGUUAGGGCUUUUGGCUGCUAUACAUUUCCACGCGAUAAGCCACUUUUUGUUUAGCCAUAAUUUGUGGCCUGGUCGCUUCUGAAACAGAGCUAUGUAGCUCGGUGGGUCUUACUUACCUGGUACAAUACUAAACUACUCUUUGGCCCUUGCGGUAAAGUCACGUAGAUGGAAAAUGAAAAUUAAUGAAAUAAAAAUAAUAUAUAACGACGCUUGUUGAGAUCGAAACGUCGUGAUCUAUUAUUUUUUAUUACAAAAUUUUUUUUCCCAUCUACGUGACUUUACCGAAAGAACCAAAGAGAGUGAAUUCCUGCAGUCACGAAAGCCUCCAAUCAAGAUUAAUACAAAAAUAGUUUCUAGUUUUUACUCCUAAACUGGGCAACCGAAAUUCUCGAUUCCCGACUACGGCUAACAUUGGUGGCGAGUGCCAUCUGGUCCGGUACCGACCGGGUCGCCGGAGGAUUGAUACGAGCAGACUGCCGACAUGGCCAGUUUUCAGCGACGUCCAGAGGUUGGUGACUCGGCCCAAUUCUUACAGCCCGGUGGCAAUGAUGCCGAUGAAACUGCAAGAGUGGAGUGGUUCUUGACGGAUGCGUCCAUUUGUGUAGCAAGAGGACCUUCAUAUCUCCGUUGUGGGGAAACUGGAAGUCGGACUUCGAUUGUGUGACAUUCAUGGGCGUAAGCUCGCAACAGGAAGGAAGCGAUGGCGAGGUGCCAUGACGACUUGUUGACCAUAUUUUAAUCGAGCAGCGGAUGGAUCACAAUUGAGAGUCCGGUCUCAUCCGUGACGAAUAUUUGAGGCUUGUGGUGGAGUGGUUAGCGCACUGCGCUAUGAACCCGGCGGCCUGCGUUCUAUAACCUGGCCACGGCUCAGGUCGGUGGCGGCUGUUAUGUGAACUGGUUUGGCUGUUGCCGCCACCCUCCUCCGCUUCGCCAACCAACCUACACUGACUCACGUGGUGAGGGGGAAGUGUAAUUCAGCAGUGAAUUGACCAAAGGGCUUGAAAGUUUAGCAUGCUUUUUUUUAUACUAAUACGAAUGGCUGUAUUUAUGGGUUCGCGGUGAGCUUUUUUGUUUAACGAAAUUAAAGCUAUUUUCACAUGAACUAUUUAGCAACCGUAAUAACAUUUUGCACAUUUCAACAAUGUUUUAAACUUAAUUUUUUUUUUCAUUUCUGCUCUUGAUUUGUUAAUAUAGACUUGGACCAAGUUCCUUGCACCAACCGUUGUGAUAAGUUAUUCAUUAUCUGUGUGUCAAUGUCCGUUUUCUAUUAGUACUUCAGAAAUAGUUACUAUGUCCAUAAGUAAUUAUUAAGUGUUUGUAAAUGAACGCUAUCAAAUGAUUAAAAAAAAAUUCUGAAAAUAACGCGUCAGCAAAUGUUGUGUUGGUCAUCGGCGUUUCUUGUUUUGCUGAUUCAUCUUAAUCUCCACCUUUGCAGCUUUUUCUAACGUAAGUUCUUCAAUCAUUUCCUGGAGUUAAAGAGGCAGACGGAAGCAACACCUAAUACUGUAUUAGGACAAGGAAGACGAAUCGUGCAUAUUAAUGUUUUUUGGAGCACUUUCUAAACGUGCGUUUGUUCUCAAACAUUUAAUUAUCAAUUAAACCAUUGGCGCUCGUGCCAGGUGCGCAGGAGACACAAUGGAGUAAAACAAAACGUAGACUCUGGUUCGAUAA